CAGCUCGACCCUGCAGGGCUUGUUUACUAUGGCUGAUGAUCUGGAGCAGCAGUGAGUUAAUCCCGUCUUUCUCUCUCUCUGUCUCUCUCUGGGCCGCGAUCCCGGGACUGUCUGUGGCUGAGGAACAGUGUUAGACACCUUCCCACCUUUCCUGUCUCAGGCCUCAAGGCUGGCUGAGCAGCUGGCUGCCCGCGUGGCGUCCCACUUCCAUGUCUCAGCUGAAGAAUGUGGAAGCCAGGAUCCUCCAGUGUCUUCAGAACAAGUUCCUGGCCCGAUAUGUGUCCCUCCCAAACCAGAACAAGAUCUGGACGGUGACUGUGAGCCCCGAGCAAAAGGACCGCACCCCACUCGUGAUGGUGCAUGGCUUUGGGGGUGGUGUGGGGCUCUGGAUCCUCAACAUGGAUUCGCUGAGUGCCCGCCGCACGCUGCACACCUUCGAUCUGCUCGGCUUUGGGAGAAGCUCAAGGCCAACCUUCCCAAGGGACGCAGAGGGUGCCGAGGAUGAGUUUGUGACCUCAAUAGAAACGUGGCGGGAGUCUAUGGGGAUCCCCAGUAUGAUCCUUCUGGGGCACAGUUUGGGAGGAUUCCUGGCCACUUCUUACUCUAUCAAGUAUCCUGAAAGAGUUAAGCACCUUAUCCUGGUGGACCCAUGGGGCUUUCCACUGCGACCGACAGACCCCAGUGAGAUCCGUGCACCUCCAACCUGGGUCAAGGCUGUGGCAUCUAUUCUGGGGCGUUCCAAUCCUCUGGCUGUUCUUCGAGUAGCUGGGCCCUGGGGGCCUGGCCUGGUGCAGCGCUUCCGGCCAGACUUCAAGCGCAAGUUUGCAGACUUCUUCGAAGAUGAUACAAUAUCUGAGUAUAUCUACCACUGUAAUGCACAGAAUCCCAGUGGUGAAACGGCAUUCAAGGCCAUGAUGGAGUCCUUUGGCUGGGCCCGGCGCCCCAUGUUGGAGCGGAUUCACUUAAUUCGAAAAGAUGUGCCCAUCACCAUGAUCUACGGGGCCAACACCUGGAUUGACACCAGCACAGGAAAAAAGGUGAAAAUGCAGCGGCCGGAUUCCUACGUCCGAGACUUGGAAAUUGAGGGUGCAUCCCACCAUGUCUAUGCGGACCAACCACAUAUCUUCAACGCCGUGGUAGAAGAGAUCUGUGACUCAGUUGACUGAGCUGCCCUCACCAGAGGAGAAGGAGAAAGUCAGAGAGUCGCUUUCGCCUCCCUGUCUGCUUAGUCCCCCCAUCUCUGUCCUUUCCUCACCAACUAACAUGUGCCAGCCAGGCAGAGUCUUGGGCUGUCCCAAGAUAGGACCAUAGUCAAAAAGAGCACUCUUGAUCCCAUGCUAAGGGCUGGAGACAGAAGCCACGGAGGCCUUGAGCUCCCCACUAUGGGGAAGAACAUAAAGGGUUGCCACUGCCACCCCAUUCUCUCCAGGCCAUGAGGUACCAGAUGGUGACUGUGAAGGGACAACACUGAGCCACGCUGCAUCCUUUCUCUGGAAUGUUUGUUGAGUAGGUUCCAUGCAAGAGCAUCUUUCUUCUCCUUCACUCCCAUCCUGUGCUGGCUCCAUCCAUGGACUAAUUAAGAUCAGUUCCCACUUAACUGCCAAGAGCAGGUCCGGAGCUCCAUUCACUUACAGAGUCCUUUCCAUGACCUCAGAGGUCACAUCCAAGCCCUCACUGACAAAUGAGGCAAAAGGCCAAGGCAGACAUGGGUGACACAGCCCACUGUGGUUCUGGGUCUGCUGGAACCUAGUACGCAUUGCACACUUGAUUUGCUGCGGUUCAAGCCAGGCACCAUUGCAGUGGGGCUGGUCCUGCUCACUGGCCGAGUUUACACCUAUGCCUGCCCUGUCCUAGCCGCAAUAUACAGGAAUACUGUUGUCCUGCCCUGGGUCUUGCUCCUGGCUGCUUAAGCUGGGAUUACUCAAGUACUUCCUUCCUUGCCCCAUCCUCCUACCCAUGGGAGGCCUCUUAGCUUUCCUCUGUGCCUUGGGCCCUGAAGCCCCACGUGUAGUAUAAAUAAAGUAAAUGUGGUUCCUGGUAGAGGGGAGAAAGGCCCUUAAACCCCAGGGCCAUGUCUGGAUUCACCGUGCCCACUGGUAUCUGCAGUAUUUUUUUACCUACAUCCAGAGCUGGCCUAUCAAGAGCCCCUUCUCCAGUGGGGAGCCCCAAGCCAGCCCCAGCCUGUCCCCAUAGGAUGGUUCUCACUGCCUGACCCUUGAUCCCUGCCAUGGUCUCCAGCUCAUCCCGCCCCUGAAUUACCUGUCAUCCCUCUCCCAGGAACUCACUCCAGGUGCUGCUCCUAGGUCUGGGCAGUAGGCUGGGCCUGGCCCCAGAAGCAGGGCGGCUCCUGCCUGCUCCUCACUUUUGUAAAGCCAACCCUUUUACCAGAGUAGUGUUAACUCCUGGUGCUUUUACUACUGGUCCAGCUGUCUUGGGCUCCUUUUCUAUAUUAAUAAAGAAAUGAGUUUAAAA